GGUCUAAAUCUACGAACAUAUGCAAGAUUCCGAAAGCCAGUAUUUACAAGUCGAAACAAAACAUCUCAGAAGUUAUGUUUUUUACAAAGGAAUCUAGUCUUUGUCGAAUACAUUUCGCUGACAAACAGACUUGCCUCAAAGACAGUUGUCCGGUUCGAUAUUUGAGGAAGUUGGAAAGUUAUAUACACCAGACGACACGGAGUUUAGAUGUUUGCAUGUACAUGUUAACAUGCCAAUUGUUAUCAAAUGCAAUCGUGGAAGCUCAUAAACGAGGCGUAUUGGUUCGAAUAAUAAUGGAUCUGCAAAUGGCUUGCACCGAUGCCGCCCAAACGUCAUUAUUCCAUAAUAACGGGGUGCCGCUGAGAUUAGUGUAUAACGAUGUUUUGAUGCACCAUAAAUUUGUGAUCGUAGACAACGCUAUAGUAAUUACUGGUAGCACGAAUUGGACAAUGUCUGCAUUUUUUGGGAAUUUCGAUCACGUAGUAGUAACCAAUCAACAUUUGCUGGUGCAGCCGUUCGUCGUCGAAUUCGACAGGUUGUGGAAGACAUUUUCAAAGUCACAAGAAAAAUAUGUGGACGAGCCUUCAGUCGAUAGCAGCUUACAAGCCAGUACGAAAUUUCAUACGGAAGAGGAAGUCGAGAUGUGCUCUGUAUAAACGGUGGAAGAGUGGCUGGUGCAGGCGCUACUGCACCAGGUGCGACAGGAACACGAAGUACGAGAACA